UAUUCGAUAUUAAGCUGCAACAAUCGUAACGAUCAGAAAUACAAAUGGUGAAUAAACGUUAGGAGAAUGUCCACAAUGGUUUGACUAAAUAACUGUAACUGAAUAAACGAAAGUUAUGAUAUGCGUUAUUUUGUAUAACUGAAUAAACGUUAGCAAAAUGUCCGCAACGGUUUAUACGUAAGUGGAAAGUGCACGGAAGAAAGUUAUGAUACGCAAUAUGAAACCUUGAGCCGGACAGACUCUUAUCCAAUCUACUGGUGAAAGGAUACAUUUUUCAUCCACAUCUUUCUUCGCCAGCCUUUAGUUUAAAACGUGUCGCUACGAGAAAUGUCAUGAACGUGAAAUAUAUAUUUUCUUUGUGAAUAAUUCUUAUGUUAAUUACUCGACACAAGAAAAAAAUUGUGAAGUUUGAAGUGUAAAAUCAUUGAAAAUGUGGUUCUUGGUUAUUUGUUUAUUAAUCAUCUUGUUCUUUAAAAUAAUGAUUGAUCAAAAGAAGUCAAGAAAUUUUCCCCCAGGUCCACGAGGAUUACCAAUAAUCGGAAAUAUAUUAGACAUUAAGCGUUUAGUGAAGAAAACUAAAUUCCAAGCUCAUACCUGGUGUUAUUUGGCAAAAAUUUAUGGACCAGUGGUGCAUUUACAACUUGGAUUCGGUUAUACAUUUAUAAUUAUUUCUGGACGUGAGGCUAUCAUCGAGAUGCUCAGUCGAGCGGAAUUUGAUGGCAGACCAGAUAGCUUAGAAAUUCGAUUGAGAACCGGAGGUGAACGAAGAGGAUUAAUUUUUACCGAUGGGAAAAUUUGGUCAGAACAUAGAAGAUUUACAAUAAAAACAUUGAAACGUCUUGGUUUCGAUAAAGCAAACAUGGAAGAUAUGAUACUGGAGGAUAUUGUUACCUUGUUAAAAAUAAUCGAAGAAUUAGCAGAAAAAGGACCAAUAACAAAUAUAUACGAUCUCGUUUCGGUAACAGUUAUAGCCAGUUUUUGGUUUCUUGUCACAGGAUCGAAAUUUCAAUUAGAUCAAGAGGAUCCGAAAUUGAUGGAGGCUAUCGCGAUAUUAAAUGAAAAUUCAAGAAGCUCCAGAAUAACCGGUAGUAUAAUAAGUCAACUGCCUUUUCUCAGAUAUAUUUUUCCACGUUUAACGGGAUAUACACAGUUGCAAGAACGGCAAAAUCGACUGUGGCUAUAUUUCAAAAAAAUAAUAACGGAACACCAAGAGACUGAGAUGCAAAAUGAACCAACAAACUUAAUCGACAUUUAUCUAAAAGAGAUGCAAACACAAUGCUCCUCCAAUUUAUCUUCAUCGUCGAACUUCAACGAUGAAAAUUUAAUCGCACUCAUUAGAGAUCUUUUUAUUGCCUCGAUCGAGACAACCAGCAGUACCACUGGUUUCGUGAUCGCAUUUCUUUCUGUAAAUCAAAAUGUACAAAAGAAGAUACAUGAUGAAUUGGAUGAAGUUUUUGGCAAAGAUAUUUCACCUCGUCUCGCAUAUAGAAAUCGACUUCCAUACCUACAAGCAACUCUGGCGGAAGUAGGAAGAAUGGGGAAUGUAGGACCGACUUCGGUGCCUCAUCGAGCUAUGAACGAUACAACUUUGUUAGGAUACGAUAUAAAAAAAAAUUCCAUUUUAUUAGCAAAUUUAAUGAGCGUUCACAUGGAUGAGAAUCAUUGGGGUGAUCCCAAAACUUUUCGUCCUGAAAGAUUCAUCAACGAGAAGGGAGAAUAUUGCGACAACCCUUGGCUUAUGUCAUUUGGAUUAGGUCACAGAAGAUGUCCAGGCGAGGUUCUAGCGAAAAAUUUUCUCUUUUUGAUAAAUGCUUGCAUGCUGCAGAGAUUCCAUUUCUCCAUAGCACCAGAAUAUCCAGAACCAGAUUUAUCAGGUAUCGAUGGUUUUACUAUCUCACCACCACCAAUAAAUCUUCUCAUUAAGAAACGAAUAUAAUGAUCAUAAAAGACCAAUGAAAAAAAAUGACUAUAAGAAAAUAUAAGUGUAAUAUGCUAUGUAAGACAAUUUGGGUGGCAAACGAAAAAAAUGAUUUUAAAUAAAAAGACUGAUUCAUAAAAGGA